AUGAAUUUCCACGCGCACUGCCCGAUGUACCACGUAGCGUCCCCGCGGCUCCCGUUCCGGGCGUUCGCUCGUCCCCAACUUGCUCACGGCCGCGUCGCGCCACGAGACGACGGUUCGGUGGCACGGCGUGCCGUCUCCAGGCAUGCCUAUCCACGGAGGAGGCCAUCACGCGACCGCGGAGCCGUCGCGGCCCGCGUGGCAGCGCCGCCCUCGCCCCCGGCAGAGGCCGUGGGCCUUCAGGAGGAGCUCUGCCGCCUGCGCGACCUUCGCGAGGCUCUGCUGCGGGCCCGUGAUCGAGAAAGCAAGGUCGCCCUGCUGCGUCAGGCGCCGCGCGUGCUUGCGUUUGGCCGCACAAAGCGCGGUCAGGAGGUGCAGGCGGCGGCGAGGCGGGUUUCGUUGGACGCGGAGUACGCCGUGCUCCUUGUCGUGGCGAUGGGCCAGGCGCACGUGCUCGAGGCGCCCGCUCGCGGCGCCCCGGGGCCCGCGAGUGCCCUCGCGGACGCCCUCGAGGCGCUCACGGGCGUCGUGGUGGCUGCGGAGCGUUUCUACGACAGCAUCGGGGGCAUCGUCGGGUACCAGAUCAAGGCGCUCGAGAUUAUCGCCGGGGACGGCGACGACGAGGACGCAAACGGCGCUGGCCAACCAGACGCCAGCGACAUUGUCCUGCACUGCCCCGCGGGGCCGGACCUCUCCAGCGAGGGCAACAGCGACCUCAAGCGCAAGAUGGCCGCGGAGGGCCUGCGGGGUCUGCCGCGCAUGGCCGAGAUCUACCCGGUCGGCGGCGCAGGGGACCGCCUGGGCUUGACGUGCAACGUGACGGGCGAGCCGCUCCCGACGGCGGUGCUGCCGUACUGCGGCCGCCCGCUCCUCGAGGGCCUCGUGCGCGAUCUGCAGGCCCGCGAGUUCCUCCACUUCUGCGUCACGGGCGCGCAGGCCACGACACCGGUGGCCGUGAUGACAUCGGAGGCCAAGGGAAACCACUCGCGCAUCCGGGGGCUGUUCGAGUCGCGCGCGUGGUUCGGGAGGGGCCCGGACGCGUUCCGGCUGUUCCGGCAGCCGAUGGUGCCCGUGCUGGCCGCGGACGACGGGCGCUGGCUCCUUGGCGGGGCUGUGCGGCCGCUGCUCAAGCCCGGGGGGCACGGCGCGAUCUGGAAGCUCAUGCACGACGAGGGGGUGUUCGAGUGGCUCGAGCGGGCGGGGCGCGAGGGCGCGGUCGUGCGGCAAAUCUCCAACCCUCUCGCGGGGACGGACGCGACGCUGCUCGCGCUGUCCGGCGCCGGGCUGCACGGCCAGAAGACGCUCGGGUUCGCGUCGUGCGAGCGCGCGGUGGGGGCCGCGGAGGGCAUGAACGUGCUGGCGGAGCGGCGCGUGCGGGGCGCGGACGGCCGCGAGGUGUUUGAGUACGGCGUGACGAACAUCGAAUACACCGAGUUCGACCGGCUCGGAGUCGAGGACAGCGCGCACGAGGACGACGAGGACUCCGGGCUCUCGCGGUUCCCGGCGAACACGAACGUGAUGUUCCUGUCGCUGGCGGCGGCGCGCGGGGCCGUGGAGGAUGGUAUCCGGUCGGGGGGCGGCGCGACGCUGCCGGGAAUGAUCUUCAACAGGGGCAAGCAGGUGGAGCACGUGUGCGAGCGCACGGGGCAGCCGGCGGUGAGCCGCGGGGGGCGCAUUGAGUGCACGAUGCAGAACAUUGCGGACUCGCUGGUGCAGGCGUUCCCGCAACGGCGCAGCCCGGAGGAGUUCGAGCAGCUCGAGACGUUCGUGGUGUACAACAAGCGGCGGCGCGUGACGUCGUCCGCGAAGCGCAAGCGGCGGCCGGGCGACAAGCACAUCCACCAGACGCCCGACGGCUCGUUCGUGGACCUCAUGACAAACGCGCACGAGGUGCUGACUGCGUACUGCGGCAUGACGCUCCCGCCCGCGCCAACCGCGGCCGGGUACCUCAAGAACGGUCCGCCGUUCAUCGUCCUGAUGCACCCCGCGCUCGGGCCCCUGUGGGAGGUCAUCGGGCAGAAGAUCAGGGGGGGGAGUAUGGCGGAGGGGUCCGAGAUGGUGCUGGAGAUCGCCGACGUGUGGGUCACGGACCUGAACAUCGACGGCUCGCUGCUCGUCGAAGCAGACGCCGUGAUGGGACACACCGAGCCCGGCCCAGACGGCUUCGAGCGCCUGGUGUACAGUGCGCGCAACGGCCGAUGCCGCAUGCACAACGUGACCGUCGAGAACCGGGGCUUCGUGCUCGGCGACCCCGCGAACAUCUACUGGGCGCACCGCCUCGUACGCCGCGAGAGCUGCCGGUUCCUCCUCCGCGGGCGCGCCGAGGUGGACGCUCGCGACGUGACGAUUCGCGGCAGCCACGCGUUCGAGGUCCCGGACGGUCACAGACUCCUGAUCAGGCCGCCCGCGGACGACAGCGAGGCGGACAGGGCGCGCGGAUUCUCCGUGCGCAUGGAGCGCAUGGACGACGCACAGGCUCCGUCCUGGCAGUGGCGGCACGAGCUGCUGCCGGACGACAGCAUCGAGCUGACUCCCCUGGAGGCGUGA